GAAGCAGGCAAGAUAGGUAAGGCUUGUCAGCCAAGUUUGCGUGGGGCCAACCACCAUGAGUGAUCUGAGCUCUCAGAAGGCCAGCGAUGGCACUGUGUCUCGUCUGCUCAACGUGGUCGAAAGUGAGCUUCAGGCAGGGAGGGAAAAAGGCGACCCUACAGAGAAACAACUUCAGAUCAUUCUGGAGGAUGCACCUCUCUGGCAGAGGUUCAAGGAAGUCACUAAUGAAAUGAUCGUGACUAAGAACGGCAGGAGGAUGUUCCCUGUCCUAAAGAUUAGUGUCACCGGGUUGGACCCCAAUGCCAUGUACUCCCUGCUGCUGGACUUUGUCCCAACAGAUGGUCACCGCUGGAAAUACGUCAAUGGGGAGUGGGUGCCUGCAGGCAAGCCGGAGGUCUCCAACCACAGCUGCGUCUACAUCCACCCGGACUCUCCCAACUUUGGGGCCCACUGGAUGAAAGCUCCCAUCUCCUUCAGCAAAGUGAAGCUGACCAACAAGCUCAACGGAGGCGGGCAGAUAAUGUUGAAUUCUCUGCAUAAAUAUGAGCCCCAGGUUCACAUAGUACGUGUUGGCGGUUCCCAUCGAAUGGUGAUGAACUGCUCCUUCCCUGAAACCCAGUUCAUAGCUGUGACAGCCUAUCAGAAUGAGGAGAUAACAGCUCUCAAAAUCAAGUACAACCCUUUUGCCAAAGCCUUCUUGGAUGCCAAGGAAAGAAAUCACCUAAAAGAUGUUCCGGAGGCUAUCUCUGAGAGCAAGCAUGUGACCUAUUCUCACUUGGAGGGCUGGAUCUUUUCCAAUCCAGAUGGAGUGUGCACAGCAGGAAAUGCCAAUUACCAGUAUGUGACUCCCUUGUCUCUGCCUGCUCCCCACUCCCACCAUGGCUGUGAGCAUUAUCCUGGCCUCCGGGGACACCGGCAGGCUCCCUACCCUUCAGCCUAUGUGCAUAGAAACCACUCUCCCACAGUGAAUUUGAUAGAAAGCUCAAGCGACAAUCUGCAAGUUUUCUCGGGACCUGAAAGUUGGACUUCUUUAUCCUCCACACCCCAUGCUAGCAUCCUGUCUGUACCUCACACCAAUGGACCCAUCAAUCCAGGGCCAAGCCCAUACCCGUGCCUGUGGACCAUCAGCAAUAGUGGCGGGGGCCCUGGUGGGCCAGGCCCGGAAGUGCAUGCCAGCUCCCCGGGUACCUUUCUCCUGGGUAACCCAGCUGUGACUUCUCCCUCUGUGCUCUCCACACAAGCACCCACUUCAGCUGGCAUGGAGGUUCUGGGGGAGCCCUCGCUGACCAGCAUUGCUGUAUCCACCUGGACAGCAGUGGCCUCGCAUCCUUUCUCGGGUUGGGGUGGCCUGGGUGGGGGUGGGCGCCAUUCUCCUUCCUCAUUGGACAAUUAGGAUUGAAGAGUGCCAGAAGAGAACCUUUUAUGGUAGGAAUGCUUAGAAACUCCAUGGACUGGAUUCCAGUGUGUCAGAUUGCAGGGUCUCCCCAACAAGUGAGAUGGGGGUGGAUGGGGAAUGGGCAGGGUGGGUUAUACUAGAAGUCCUAUUGGGAAAUGGUUUAAUUUGGAUGAUGCUAAUUACA